UUAUAUACACGUGGUCGAAUUGAUCGUGAAACUAUCUGCUCUGAUAAUAAUGUACAAAAUAGUAAUUCCAUGAGUAAUCUUUUGCCUCAUUCAUCAGCUGAUAUUAGACUUAAAGAAACCGAUCAACUUAUAAUAAAUGAACAGAAUUCUUUAAAUACACUAGGAUAUAUGACUAAGUCAAGUUGUGAAAUAUUAUUACAAGCUUUACAAUUUUUUCAGGAUUCACAUUCACGUGACAACAAUGAACAACAACAUCGAGUAAUAUUGAUAAAAAUUUAUAUAUUCGAUAUUAAUGACAAUGCACCAGCAUGGCAAGAGAAUACUAUACAAAUCAGUGUCCCCGAGCAUACUUCAAUCGGUACCAGAAUACCAUUGCCAACAGCUAAUGAUCCAGAUUGUGGACCUAUUAAUACCACUGUAAAUUAUUCACUACUUGAUGAAAAUGGAAAAUUUCAGUCUUCCGUUAUAAAUUCAGAAAAAACAUCUUUAUUUCAUAAUGUUUUCCAAUUAGAUGUAGAUCCUAUCUCGAAUCCUGAUAUGAUACUAAACACUGUAUGGAAUUAUCAGACAAUGAAUUGUAAUCCAAGGAUUUUUCGUUUAUGGCUUCGUAUUACACAAGAUAUCGAUUGUGAUGAUGAUGAUGAGACUGAAGAAAGUGAUAGUUUGACUGCAUCGAAAUUGUAUCAUUCGGAAAGUGUAAGAUUAAAACAAUUGAAAUUAACUUUAAUUGCUUCAGAUGGUGGUCAACCAGUUAGUUUAACAGGUACAGUAACCAUAAAUAUAACAAUUACAGAUAUUAAUGAUCAUGCACCUGAAUUUGUCACGCCUGAUCGUUAUCACUCAAAAACUACAAGUGAAUCAUCAUCAGUUCAAUCAUCAACUGUUUAUUCAGAAAAUGGAGAAUUAUAUAUACAGAUUCCAGAAAAUACUCCUGCUGGACGAGUUAUCUAUAAAGCACAAGCAGUAGAUCGUGAUGAAUCGGAUAAGAAAAGGCUUAAAUACACACUAGGUACAUCAGCUGGUCUAGAUGUUAAGGAUACAUUUAGAAUAGAUCCAAAAUCAGGUGAAGUAAUCCUUUUACGUUCACCAGAUUAUGAGCAGCAUAGACUCCACAUUUUGCCAAUUACCGUAACUGAUGGUAAACACCUAAUUACACAAAAGUUGACUGUACGAAUUCAAAACAUUAAUGAUCACCCUCCUAUUAUUUCAGUUCGUCCGGUUGUUAAACAGAAAUCCACUAAUUUUUCUUCAAGUUUGCCGAUUCGUCCUGGAGUUCCAAACUUUAUUAGUAGGACUGUUCUCCUAUACGUGACCGAACAUGAACCACCGGGUCAAUUAAUAGGAACUGUAACAGUGACUGAUUCCGAUGAAAUAGCCGAUCCCGUCCCUACCAUAUCAGAUAGCUUGAUUGAGACUAAUGCCCCAGCCGUGAAUUAUCAAUACCAGACAAUCGAUUCAGAUGCGCAUCUAAGCAUUAACUGUCAGUUAAAUCAUAAUGGUUUAGUAUUGGAACCUUUAUUUAAGGGUGCUAAAAAUCAGUUUAAACUUCUUACCUAUACAAGUUUUGACAGAGAACAACAAACAGAUCAGUUUGCUACACUAACAUGUUAUGAUUAUGGUCAACCACCAUUAUCUUCACAGAUUGGUUUACGUCUUAUUAUUGAAGAUAUCAAUGAUCAUGGCCCACAGUUUAAACAAAGUAAAAUGAUUGCUCAUAUUAAAGAAAACAGUCCACCAGGAACAAAAAUCUAUAAAAUCGAUGCACAUGAUCCAGAUAUCGGUGCUAACGCUUUAUUAGGUUUUCGUUUAGAUGGACAACACACCGAUGACUUUAUGAUUGAUGCAAAAACAGGUACAGUAACCAGUUUAAGAUCAUUUGAUCGAGAACAGAUUGAUCAUUUCAAUUUGUCUUUAGUUGUUUAUGAUCAGUCUGAAUGGAUUACACCAAAUAAUAACAAUUAUAAUGAUAAUAUUACACUGUCAACCGAUAUAACAACAACAACAACAACAAAUACAGUUGAAUUGUUCAAUCGUAAAGCGCCGAAACAACAUAUUGUACAUGGAAAUCUUUAUGUUUUUAUUGAUGAUGUAAAUGAUUGUGUUCCUACAUUUGAUAAUUCAUUAUAUCAGUUAAGUGUAUCGGAAGAUGCGAAAAUUAAUCAUUUAAUUGGACAAAUUGAAGCGAAUGACAGUGAUGCAACUGAAAUUAAUAAUCAAAUACAUUAUCUCAUUAAACCACAAAUAGAAGGUCAAGUAAUUCAUGAAUUUCGCGUAUCAACUAAGGGUUAUAUUUAUGUGGCACGCGGUAAUUUGGAUAGAGAAAAAAUACCAGCUUAUAAUUUUUAUUUAGUUGCUAUGGAUUCCGGACUACCGACAUUAUCAUCUUCAACACAAAUUCAUAUACAUUUAAUUGAUGUCAAUGAUAAUUCACCACAAUGGAUAUUUCCAGCGCAUAAUCACCAGAUUGUUAAUUUAACCAUUAAUGAACCAGUUGGUUAUCGUGUAGCACAACUUAUUGCUGAAGAUUUAGAUGAAAAUGAAAAUGGUGAAGUAAUUUAUCGACUUGUUCAAACUAGUUUUAUGUCGAAUAUGCCUAAUAUAGCUGACAGAACAAUCAUAACUAGUCCAUCAACACGUAUAGAUAAUACAAUUAACAGUAAUAUACAAAUUGUCCCAAAAACAGACAUGAGAUAUGUACCAUCACAUAAUGUUGGUAAUUUGUUUGAACUGGAUUCCAUAAGUGGUGCAAUUUAUGUCGGUCGAUCAAUGAGUAUCGAUGAUGUUGGAUCAAUUAAAUUAGUUUUAGAAGCAAGUGAUCGUGGUCAUCCAGCUAAAGUUAAUCAUAGAGUUUUACAGAUUGAUAUUUUUCGUUAUUUAUCACAAACAAGUGCCUAUUUAUUGAGUGAAAACAAUGGUGACAUUGUUGGAGAUAGUGAACAUAACAGACAGAAGAAUACAGUUGUUGGACAUGGAACUUAUUUAGAAAAUGAUCUAAUUGUAAUUGUAAUUAUGGUCGCUGUAACAUUGAUCAUAUCGUUAAUUCUUAUAUUGGCAAUUUUAUUUCUGCGCUGUGGUGCAUGUACUCAACGAACUGCAGCACAAUGUGAACAAAAUAAUCCAAGAUUUUAUAGACAAAAUCUUAAUCAGACACAUCAUCUUGAAGAAGUGUUUAGAGAUUCUGGAAUGCUGGAAAUAGAUGGUUUACUUUCACCAGGAUCUGAACAUUUAUUAGGUGAAGGUGGUUUAAGUACUUAUCCUCCACCAAAUCAUCUUCAUUACCCUCCUCAACCAACAGAAUCAGACAAAAUGAUGAGAAGUUUUUUAUCAAAUGCAGAAAAAAAUCAGUGGAUGAUGAGUGGUGCAGUGGAUCCGAAAAAGCCUGAUACUUUAAGAUCUCACAAACUAUUCAAUUCAACACAUCCAUUACAUCCUUCUCCUUCAAAAUUAAAUGACUUGUCUAAUUUGAAACGAGCCAGUCAAACUGGAACAUUGUGUCGUUUAAAACCAGUUGAAGAACGCUUUCUUGAUACUGGAUCAACUAUAAAUUCUCCUGAUCAUGAAUUGAAAUUGUUGAUGGGAGCAUGUCCAACACUAAGACAACAAAAUCAAACUUGUUCAACUUUUAAAGCAGGUUCAUCACAAAUGUCAGAAUUUCGUAUUAAUUCACCAUCAUAUAAAGAUCCUGGUUCUUUAAGAAAUUUAACUUCACCUAACGAAAUAACAGAAGAUAUCGAGAGUAUGGACAGUGGCCAUGGAUGUAGUACUGAUACAGGAAUGAUAGAAAAUCAUUUCUCUACUUCACGACCUCAGAGUUCACUCAAUACUUAUCGGGUUAACAAUGCGACAUUUCGUCAAAAUCCAGCCUGCUACUGUUCACUUAAUGUUGACCAAUUAAAAAGUGCCCUAUUAUCAAAAAGCCCAGAAUUAUUACCCACAGAACAGGAUGAUUUAACGUUGAGAGUUUUAGCAUGUCGUAGACGAAGUGGAACAUUACCACUAUGUUCAAUCCCUAUAAAUAAUAAUGACAAUGCAGAUGGAGACGGUAUAACACAUUUUUCAACUAAAUUAAAUCCUGCGAAAUCAUCUAAUGAUCUGUUGAAAACAGUUGAUCCAAAAUGUUGUCUCAAAUAUAAUGUCGAACAACAACAACCUAAGAAUCGUUUGUCCGUUUCAUGGUUAGAUAAACAUUCACACUGCACUACUGAUCAAAAUUGCAUUUCUAAACCUGUCACUUCUGCAUGUAAUUUUACGUCAAGCGCUGGUUGUUGUACUGCUACUGCUAGUAUCAACAUGAAUAAUAAUACAAAUGAGAAAUGCAAAUUAUUAUCCUCAGAAAAUGACAACACUACUAUUACAAAUAAUAGUAGUAACAAUAAUAACAAUAAUAAUUAUCCUAAAGAAGAAUCACAAGCUGAUAUGUCUCAAUCUACUGAAGGUACAAUGAUAUUAUUUAGUCCAGUGGAUCCACUUGGUUAUGCUCAAUUAAUUCAUACACAAACAGAUGAUCAAUUUAUAUCACCGCAAAAUAUUUAUACAAAAUUCCCAACAAGUUUUGUAUAAUAAAAGAAAAACUAAUAAUGAAAAUUUAGGCCGUAGACAAAAAAGGACUACUUUAUUUUCAAAGAUGAUAUUUUCUUCCCACUUUAUAUCAAUCCAUUGAAUACAAUUAAUGUUUUAAAUAUAUUAAAAAACACAAGAAGAAAGAAAAAAGCAACACACACCUACUGUCUCUCUCACCGAACAAGCCUUGAUGAACUUGGUUCUUCUUCUAUUUUGUCUGUUUAUUUAAAUUGUUCUCAAUUGUUGCAUUUCAUUAGUCAUAAUUCUUCUCUUCUUUUUUUUACAUGGAUGAAGAUUUCCAUUCGUGUUUAUAAGAAAAAUAUUUUCAAAUAUAAUGGAUGAUAGAUAAUGAUGAAAUCAAUUGAUAUAUACACAUAUAUAAAUAUACAUAAAUUGUUA